AUGAUCCGUUUCCUGUUUUGCUAAUAAACUUUAAUUUUUUACAUGACAUGUUUAAACUAACGUCAAAAGAUAUUUUGGUACAUUUGAUAUUACUUCAAUUUAUAAUUACAAGAUUAAUUUUUUUUUCAUUUUAAAAAUCUCAUUUCAAGUUAAACUAGGUUAUUCUUUUUGAAAUGAAGAGAUAGACAGAUACCUAUCCCAUCAACUACUUAAGACUUCGUGGCGUGCUAAUGGUAGUGAGAUUUCAGAUCGUUUGACCUUGAAAAUGGACCAUUUUGGUCGUCAGGGCAAACAAAUUCCAUAGCUCACGUCGUUAAGACGUCAACAAAAACUUUUGGCAAAAAUAACAUCAAAAUUUUGGAUCACAAAGAAGAACGGUGAACCAUAGUCCGUUAAGACGUUAUCUAUUGACCCUGACUUUAAGAAUGAGGUGAAGAACGGUGAACCAUAGUCCGUUAAGACGUUAUCUAUUGACCCUGACUUUAAGAACGAUUCAUUUUGAAGGUCAAAUGAGUUCCGAAGCAAGUAAACCUCCCAAUUGUCAAUUUUCGUGUGCUAUAGUCAAUUGAUUUUUGGUGAUAUGGAAUUUUAAUGUCUUUUUUGCUCAAAUUUUCUGUGGACCUCCAUUAAGACGUUUGCUAUGGAGUCAGGUGGCCUUGAAGACCAAAACGACCAAUUUUCAAAGUCAAACGAGUCCCAAAAUAAGUAUAUCAUAUUUUGUCGAUUUUCGUGUACUAUUGUCAAUGAAUUUUUUAUAAUGAUGUCUUUUAUGCCCAAAUUUUUUGUGAACAUCUGAUAAGACAUUAUCUAUAGAGCUAGUUGACAUUGACGGUCAAAAUGCACCAACUUGAAGGUCAAAAGAUCCCCGAAGCACUCUCAUUUUAUCAAUUUUCGUGCUUAGUCCACGAUUUUUUUGGUAAUUCAAAAUUUCAACGUCUUUUUAGCCCAAUUUUUUUGUGGACAUCCGUUAAGACGUUACUUAUGGAGUCAGUUGGCCGUGACAACCAAAAUGUUCCAUUACGAAGGUCAAACGAGCCCAGAAGUAGACGUCCGUUGAGACGUUAGUUAUGGAUACAAUUGACCUUAACAGUCAAAACAGACGACUUUGAAGGUCAAACUAGUCCCGAAGCAGACGUUAGCUAUGGAUGUAAAAUGAUCCUGACAACCAAAACGGUCAAUUUUUCAAGGUCAAACGAGCCUGAAUCUGACGUUAGCUACGGAGCUAGUUGGUUUGGACGGCCAAAACGACUAAUUUUCAAAGUCAAACAAGUCCCUAAGCAGGACGCUAUCUGUGGAGCCAGUUCGUCUUUACAACCAAAAAUACCAAUUCGAAGGUCAAAGGAAUCCUGAAGUAGACAUUAAUACGUUAGCUAUGGAGUUAGUUGGCUGUGACGGACAAAUCAACCAAUUUUGAAGGUCAAACGAGCCAUGAAGAAGGUAAAUCCCCAAUUUUACUGAUUUUCAUGUCCAAUAGUCCAUGUAUUUUUGGUCAUCUGGAAUUUCGACAUCUUUUUUGCCUGAAUUUUUUGUUGAUUUCCAUUAAGUCGUUAGUUAUGGAGCCAGUUGGCCAUGAUGGUCGAAACAACCCAUUUCAAGGACAAACGAGCCGAGAAGCAGAUGCAUACCAGGUGUUUGAUGAAAUGUCUGUGAGAAAUGUUGUGUCUUGGAGUGCUCUGUUAAAUGGUUUUGCGAAGGAGAAUGAGUUGGGUAUGUGUUUGAAGCUGUAUAAAGGUAUGAUGGGGUUGGGGUUGAAGGUUAGUGAAUUCGUUUUUACGAGCUUGUUGAGCGUGUGUAUGGGUAGUGGAUGUUUUGGUUAUGGAAGAAGUAUCCAUUGCCAGAUAAUUGUCAUGGGGUUUGAGUCGUAUAUACAUGUUGCAAAUGCGAUGUUAUCAAUGUAUAGUAAAUGUGGGGAAGUAAAGGAUGCUAUGUGCAUUUUUGAGAAUACAAAGAGUAAAGAUUUGGUGUCGUGGAACUCGAUGAUCUGUGGUUAUGGACAGCAAGGACAUGUAACUCAAGCUAUUGAACUUUUCGAGGAGAUGAAGAAGCAAGAAGUGAGACCUGAUUCGAUUACUUUCCUUGGGGUGUUGUCUUCUUGUCGUCAUGCUGGUUUUGUUAAAGAAGGUAUGUCUGUCUUCAAUUCGAUGGUUGGUUAUGGUGUGAACCCUGAGGUAGAUCAUUAUUCAUGUAUCGUGGAUCUUCUUGGACGAGCACGUUUAUUAGAAGAGGCUCGUGAGUUUAUCAAGAAGAUGCCAAUUCAACCAAAUGGUGUUAUCUGGGGUUCCUUACUUAUGUCGUGUAGGCUUCAGGGGAACAUACAGUUGGGGAUUGAAGCUGCAGAGAAUAGGCUUGCACUCGAACCAUGGUCAACGUCUACCCAUCUGCAGUUGAUAAAUUUAUACGCUCGUUUAGGAUACUGGGAUCAGGCAGCUAGAGUGCAGAAGUUGAUGAAAGAUAACGGUCUUAAACGGGAUCCUGGUUACAGUUGGAUCGAGAUAAGCAAUCAAGUUUUUCGAUUUACUGCUGAAGACAUAUCGAUGGGACAUAUUAGAUCGAUUGCUAGUUUGGUGGAUGUUUUGGUGGAUCACAUGAGAAACUUUGGUGUAGAAGAAAUUGACUCCGAUUUCUGGUGUAGUAAUUUAGAGUAAAUGCUUAAUUCAACUCCAAAAGCUAGCUGAUUAAGUCUUCUUCCACAAAUUCUGAUAAAAGAUUGGCCAUACAAUGAAA